CGUCCACAAAUUUCGUCCCAUUAACGAGACGCUAUAAGACGAAAAAGUUAAAAAAAAUUCGUCUCGUUUUGUUCUUAAUUGAAAUUGAGACGAUUUAAAAAUCGUCUCAUAAAUAUCAGGAGACGAUAUUUUGUCAAUUCGUCUCAGAAUAAAAAAAGUGGAACAAAAUAUUUUAAGACGAAUUGAGACGAAUUGAGACGCUGCGGUAAAAUCACGGAGACGAAUUGAGACGAAUUAAGACGCUGCGGUAAAAUCACGGAGACGAAUUGAGACGAACUAGGACGACAGGGUUUCUUAAACACGAAAAUUUAUUUAAAAAGCUAGUGUUUUUUAAAGUGGUUUUAAUGUAUUCAGAUAUUUCAGAUAGCGACAGCGACCUAGAUUGGUUGUUUACGGACGAUUCUUUGUCCGAUGAUGAAAAUGAAGAUUACAUCAACGAAAUUUUACAAUGCGCUUCAAAAAAACGAGGCAGACCAGCGCUACACGAGCAACAUCCGGGCUUGGUUCCAUGUAUCGCAUCCUACAUAAGUCAGAACUCGGCCGAGGCCCAUUUGAGGCGCAGAGACAGUAUUAUGUACACAAAUGGUGUAAGCUUAAAAGAUAUUGUCUCUCACAUAAAAAGUACGCUCGGGUUAAAUGUGAGUAAGAGCGCAGUGCAUUACCUCAUGAGACCGAGGAGAAAAAAAACCACUUCGAGCAAGCGUCACAAAUCGUUGGUUGAUGCACGUGUUCCGCCCAAGCGCAACACGGGAGAAAAAAAGAUCCAUGAAGAUUUUCAUUUUUCUUGCUCCCAAGUUAACUUGGUUAAUGAGUUAGCGCAGUUAUGCAAUGAAAACACAAUCUCCUUGUCAGUUGACAACAAAAACAAGGUGGAUGUUGGUAUUCCCGCCACGAGUAGACGUGCGCAAAUCCGACGUUAUCACAUCGAAAAUGAGGCUCCCAUUUACAAUGACCACGACUUCCCCUAUCCGAAUAGUAAAUUAACCCCAGCAACUAUGAUUUAUCAUAGUUAAUAGAAAUAUCUAAAAUUUAUUAACUCCCUAUUUUAACUUUUCUUCGGGUAUAGGUUCAGCAUGUUUAUGUUUCUCAUAACAUACUUAAAAAAAGAAUCAAACUGAUAAAAAAAACGACAACUCACUCGCACGUGUGCUCUGACCCUCUGAAACCAAUGAAUGAAUCACGAUUCGAACACAGAGCAGAAGAUAAAAAUUGUUACAUUUUUCUUCUUGAAAAAUUCGAAAAGGACGGUUUCUCUUAGCUCCCCAACAUAACAUUUAAAUGUAUUAAGUUAAAAAGAGCUAAUAUACUGAAAUGUACGAACCAUUACAGGCAGAAUACACCUAAAUACACCUAAAUACACCUGAGAACAAACAUCUUGACAUAAAUUUUGCUUUUAUCCCUGAUCUGUGUACUGGUUUCGUUUAGUUAAUGAAUACCAUGUUAAGGCUAUUUUCUACCUCAAGAAAAUUUUCGGCGAUUUUUGAUUGGCUAAUUUUAAUGUUUUUCGAUGAUGUGACGUUUGCGGAGGAACGCCAGCCAUUUCGAAUAUAUCUCCCAGUAAAGACGAGCUAUGUUUCGCAUCUAACUAUCUAUAUUUAAUAUCUAUAUAUUCCUUCCUAACAACAUAUUUAAAGAAUCCUAAUCUUAAAGAAUAUUUAUGGCUAAAUUCAGUUUCAGAUAUACUUACCAGUAAAUAUCGAAAAUAACUCAAGAUUCCAUCUGUCACGACCAAUAAUAAUAUUUUUUGUGAGAUUUGUUUCGCUUUUCCACAACAUAGUUCCAGCUUCGAACGACGAAGUUUGCUGUGAUAAAAUGUUGCCAAGUUUGAUAAAUAUACAGACCGUAACAUUCAACAAUCGAACGAGUACAAACAAUGUAGCUUAAGUUAAUCAGUAGCUGUGCCACUGCUAGCCAGGAGACCCAGCGUAAUUUUUCUUACCACCGGGAAAUCGGAGUAGUUAAGGUGGGAAAAUUACGCUGGGUCUCAAACGAUUUUUCUGCGGCCAAAAUCUGGCCGCGCUUUUUGAUUGGCUAAUUCUAUUGUUCUCUGCUCACGUGAUUAUUAUCGGGGAAAGCCCUUUUCAUCCCGAAUAUUCCAGCGAGUGGUUUCACUCACCCUAACAAACAUUAGUAUUCUACAAAGUUUGUACCAAAGUAAGAUUUGACCAAGCUUGGUAAACAACUCACAGAUAAAUUAAAAUGUCCUCCGAAGCGAUUAGUCACAUUGUUCGAUUUAAACUCGGGGUUUCCGCUGAGUCAUUCGUUCGCGUCUAAGCUUUAGUUUGAGAGAAACUCAUUUUAUCAACUGAAGAAGAAAGCUUAGUUAACUAGGCUAUGCCACUGCCGUUCCGCUAGAACAAUGGAAUAAUUUCUUUUUCACGGAACAAAAUCACGCUGGGUCUCCUGGCCAAGAUUUUUAAAGUUUCGUGUUAAACUCACGGAAGUGUUCGAAAAUAUUUUUCAACUUUUGAGACGAAUUUAUUAUAGCAGAGACGAAUUGAGACGAUUUGAGACGAAUUAAGAAAAUUCAUAGACGAAAUGAGACGAUUCGGAGACGAAUUUGUUUUUAAAAUAUGAUAUUCGGAGACGAAUUUGUGACUAUCAGGAGACGAUAUGAGACGAAUUAAGACGGUUAAGACACUACAAUGUUAUCACAAAAAAUCGUCUCGUAUGAAAGAGUUAAGACGAACAAAACAAAUUUACAAGACGAUUUAAAAUGAGCCGAAUUUAGACGAAAUUUGUGGACGAU